AUGCGUUUCAAUCUCUUCGUUCUCGUGAUAAUAACAGUCAUUCUUACCGGUGUCGAUGGACAAAAACUGACGGAUCAGGAGAAUCGGGAGCGCGUCGAAAAGUGCGGAAAACAAGCGCUUCGUGAGUGAUUGAUUCGCAUUCGAUUUUCAAUGUUCAGCUUGACAAUUUUCAGCAAAACUAACCAAUUUUGUUGUCGACGCCGCCGGCCAGCCAAUCGAUAUUCCGAAGGACGGCUCGUGGCUCGUGCGAGUUCACAGUAAAAGUGAGCGCCAUGGCAGAAGUCGGAGCAUGAAGUGACGUGGAUUAUUUGUUCCAGAAUCGGAUAGUGUUCGGACUCGGGACUCGCCCGGAACUUUUAUCUCGCCGAGACACGUGCUCACUUCGUCGCAACCAAUGAUUCAGCCGGAGACGGAAAAAUAUGGUCUCGAUGGGCAAAUGUUGAAUAGGAGCUGUGUCGGAAAGUGAGUUCCGCAUUCCGCAUUCCGCAUUCCGCAUUCCGCAUUCCUUCUCUUGCAGAGUCUAUCAAGUGCCCGAGGAGUAUGUGAAGAAUCUGCAGAUCACUAGUGGAGAGUGUGUCGAGGCUCAAAAAUGUGAGAAGAGGCAGUUUGAGGCGAAAAAGGUUGGGACCGUAUAUCUCAGCUGCCGGUAGAAAUAUCAAAAAGUUGUCAAUUGAUAAAUUAUUCGUUAAGACAUUGUCUGCAUUUUACUAGUUGACCACGCUUUGAUAUCUCUACAAACAGCUGAGAUACAAUGCAUUUCGCAGGCGUGGCUGUUCAAGACUUGCGGGAAAUUUCAAAUUUUCAAGUAUUCCGCUCCGAUGCUCAUCGAGUUGAACGCCUCGACGAACGUUGGUUUUCCGUGUCUGGCGAGCAAAAAUGUGACAAAUGCGGCAAUAUUGCAAGCGUACGGAAUGAAGUACACUAACGGAUCAUUUGACAAGGGACAGAUCACGUACAAACGGGCACAGGUACUAUCAAAUUAAUAAUCUUGGCUCCGGUUCGCCGCCGCCGCAACGCGACCGCUUCGCAACUGAAAAGACCACGCCCCCCUUUCUGCAAGUGCCGCACAUGCCAUGUCAAUUAAUUAUUUUUCUUGGAAAAUACACAAAUUAAGGUUGAGAAUCUCGUUUAAAUCGAUCUGUUUGCAAAGAUAAUUCUCUAAAAACACUCGAAAGCAAUUAAUUUCCUUCAGGAGUAGCUUUAAUUUGUGUAUUUUCCAAGAAAAAUAAUUAAUUGACAUGGCAUGUGCGGCACUUGCAGAAACGGGCGUGGUCUUUUCAGCUGCGAAGCGGUCGCGUUGCGGCGGCGGCAGGGAACCGGAGCCAAGAUUAUUAAUUUGAUAGUACCGAAUUGCAUGUUUUUUUUGUUGUUUCAGCUGAUAGAUUACGUCCGCGGCGAAAUGGCAUGGCUGGUGGUUGCUAAGCAGUUUGCGGAAGGCGACCGAGGGGGACCACUCGUGCACGAAACCGAUGGCAUCACUACACUUUUGGGAAUUGCGAGCACCAGUAAGAGUGAAUUUGUAGACGGAAGAAACGAGGCGGUUUUUUUUAGGCGGUUUCGACGAAGCCUACUUUGUUGAUUUCUAUUUUGACAUUCGAUUCUUUGAAGAUGUCAUCGAAGAGUUGGUGGGGAUCCGACCGGCUCCGCCCCCUACGGCACUUCCCAAACCGGCUCCACCAACUCCCGAACCACUCAAACCGGAUCCGACGACGGAUCCGCCGCAAAAAGGCAGAAAAGAGGCGGAAAAGGUGUACGACGAGGAGGAUGCGGACACGGAUCUCUACGUGUCGGAGGACUUUUUGGAUGGAGCAAGCGGACGGAGCAAGCAGUGGAUCGGCGUCGCACUUUUUCUGAUUUUCACGUUCUGA